CCGCUCUCGCCAUGCGGGCGCUGCUGCUCCCGGCGCUGCUGCUCCCGGCGCUGGCCGCGGCGCGCGGCGCCGCUACGGCACUGGGCGAGGUGGACCAGGUCCGGAUGACCUCGGAGGGUUCUGACUGCCGCUGCAAGUGCAUCCUGCGUCCGCUCAGCAAGGACGCCUGCAGCCGCCUCCGCAGCGGCAGCGUGCGGGUGGAGGACUUCUACACGGUGGAGACGGUGAGCUCAGGGGCUGACUGCAAGUGCUCCUGCACUGCCCCCCCCUCCUCUCUCAACCCUUGUGAGAACGAGUGGAAGAUGGAGAAGCUGAAGAAGCAGGCCCCUGAGCUCUUCAAGCUGCAGUCCAUGGUGGACCUGCUGGAGGGAACACUUUACAGCAUGGACCUGAUGAAGGUGCAUUCCUACAUCAGCAAGGUAGUGGCCCAGAUGAACACACUGGAGGAGACCAUCAAGACCAACCUGAGCAGGGAGAAUGACUUCAUGAAGGAGAGUGUCAUGCGCCUCACUGACCAGAUGAGACGCUAUGAGAACUACUCCGACAUCAUGAUCAGCAUCAAGAAGGAGAUCUCCAACCUGGGCUACCAGCUGCUGCAGAAGGAUGCUGCUGCUGUCCCUGAGAGCAAGGCACAGGACACAGCGGGCAGCCCAGAGAAGGAGGCAGGACGGUACCCCAGCACCCGCAAGGCACUGGGGGACAGGGUGGCAGCCCCCCGAGCACCCAAAGAGAAGCAGCUGAAGCCCGAGAAGCCAAAGAAGGAUAACCUGAAGGCCAGGGGGGGAGCACAGCCCACCCCCAAGCCCAAGCCAUCGGUGUACCAGCAAACUGUGGUUCGGGGCAUCACUUACUACAAGGCUGGGCAGGCGGGGGCCGAGGGGCCGGCCAGCAGCCGUGAGAUCGCUGCAAGGGGGGCAGCUGUGCCAGAGCAGCAGGAGGAGAAGGGCCCCCCACCCCCUCUGGCUAAAGGGACCCCAGCCCAGGCUGUCAUGAGGGUAGAGACCACCGUGCCCAGCACCACAGCCAUUGCCAGCACUGCCCUGGCCCCCCGCACCACCAUCCACAACACCCCCCCAGCCAUCCUUGAGCAGGGGGCUGACAGUACCAUGAGCCCCAAAACGCCAAACAGAGUAAAGGAGGUGGAGUGUGAAGGCACCAUCAAGUCGGUGGAGCACCCCACAGAGCACCACAGCUAUGGGCGCAAUGAAGGGGCCUGGAUGAAGGAUCCUGCUGCCAAGGAUGACCGCAUCUACGUCACCAAUUACUACUAUGGCAACAGCCUGGUGGAGUUCAGGAGCCUUGACAACUUCAAGCAGGGCCGCUGGAGCAACCUCUACAAGCUGCCCUACAACUGGAUUGGCACGGGGCAUGUGGUAUACAAGGGUGCCUUUUACUACAACCGUGCCUUCACCAAGAACAUCAUUAAGUAUGACCUGAAGGAGCGGUACGUAGCAGGCUGGGCACUGCUCCAUGACGUGGUGUACGAGGAUACAACACCCUGGAAGUGGAAGGGCCAUUCAGACAUUGACUUUGCUGUGGAUGAGAGUGGGCUCUGGGUCAUCUACCCCUCUGUGGACUACGACUACUCACAGCAGGAGGUGAUCGUCCUGAGUCGACUCGACCCCGGGGACCUCUCGGUGCGCAGGGAGACCACCUGGAAGACGGGUCUGAAGCGCAAUGCCUACGGGAACUGCUUCAUCAUCUGUGGCAUCCUCUACGCUGUGGACACCUACAACCAGAAGGAAGGGCAGAUCUCCUAUGCCUUCGACACACACACAGACACAGAGGCAGAGCUCCGGCUGCCCUUCCUCAACCAGUAUGCCUUCACCACACAGGUCGACUACAACCCCAAAGAGAAGGUGCUCUACGCCUGGGACAAUGGCCAUCAGAUGACCUAUGGGCUCCACUUCGUGGUGUGAGCGCCGGGCCGGAUCCCAGCUGCAUCCCUAUCCCACUCCCCACUGUGUCCAGCCAGGACUCCCUGACACAGCCUGGCCCUGGCACCCCGGCUGGGCCAGGGCUCUGGCUUCCACCCCAAACCCCCUCCAUCUUCUGCACCUGCACUGCACCUGCCACAUUGCAGGGCGGGGGGUGCAGGUAGGCACAGACCCCCCCAUGACAGCGUGGCUUCUGGGGCCGUGGGGCCGCCCCACGGCCGACGGCUCGACCGGUGUUGCCUUCCCGGGGAGGAGGGAGAGGAGCUCAGAUCCGCUUUCCUGCAGCACCGGGAGGCAGCCGAGUCUGUGCUGUCGGCCACAUGGCAGCGCCCACCCCACGCCACCGCAUCGAGCCCGUACCGCACACCCUGCCGCACCGCACACCCCGCCCGGCCCCGCGCUGCCCGCAGCCGCCGGCUGCCAGCGGUGCGAGUACCGACAGAGCAGUGCCGGUUGCCUGGGCCCCAUGCCCUCGCCUGCCCCUUCCCCCGCGGACGGGCAGGGCCCCCACACUGCCGGGGCAGGAGCAGCAGCUGCUAUGGCUAUUUUAGGAGACGUGAUUAAGAUGCCUUUGCUUUUGCCGCUCAUUAGCUUAUUAUUUAAAUUGCAUUCACCGGAGCCGCGCGGAGUCUCCUCUCCCGGUAGCGGGCGCAGAGCAGUGCCCUGCCCGUAGACACCCCUGCCUGCACCCCGCACCGGGGACCCGCUGCCCUCCUGGUCCCCGCCUGUGGCCAGGCGAGGGGCCGGGAGCGCUUGGCUUGGUUUUGGUCAUUUUAGACGUGAACAGUAUUAAAGAAAAAUGUAACAGA